GUUCUGCAUACUAGUAGGUCAGAAUAAGGGACCACCUGUUUCACCAGGACACGGGUUCUCUCGCGCCCAUUACUAGUAGGUCAGAAUAAGAGACACCUCUGGAUACAGGACACGGUUCAAUGUCCCAAAGUGACCUACUCCGGGUUUUUUGCGUACAUCCUUACUACGCCGAGAUCUGCAGAAGACGAUAGCUAACCAGCCUUACGUGGCACCACGAGAACCCGCAGUAUCAACAGCAGUCAGGCACCCCCACACGACCCGCCCCCACAAGCUGCACCUCGUCCCCUCGCACAACAGAUGGCUCCGCCUACUGCCCCACCCAUGCUAGUGGGGCCCCGCCUCCUCAUCAGAUGGGCGUCAUCCCUACUCUACCAUCCCCAAAUGCCUCCACUCAGAGCUAAUCAGCCGUACGCUCCUACGGGGCCCCCCACCUCCCCAUCCACACCCGGCCUAUUACCAUCAAACGCCACCAGGGCCCUACUACGCUCCGCAUCCCCAUGUGCUCCGUAUGGUCAGCCCCCCCCACCCUGAUGUACGGUAACCCCCCUCCCGCCCCCUACGGCCCAACCCCUCCAGGGCAAGUACAUUCCGCAACAGCCUUACGCACCGGCCACCACAUCCCAUCGCUAGCUAUAAUCACGUGACAGUCAUGUGACUGCUGGUCUUGACAUCAAUAGUUGUCGAUAAUAUGUUGUUCAUUACUUGAUUGUUUAUGAUGCUGUGCAUUGCACAUGUUUGAUUUUUUGACAUUUAAAAG